AUGGCGAAACCACAGAACAAGCUGACGUUCCUGGCUACCGUUGGAGCGGUUCUGACGUGUGUCUAUAUACUACACGUCACUCUACAAAGUGAUAGCCUUUAUGUACCUGGCCUGUUUUCCAGUUUGAGUCAACGGUCUACACAAGGAUUCCAAAAUGGUCAACAGAAAGUGAACAAAGCUGUUCCCAAGACAGAACAGAAAGUGAACAAGACUGUUCCCAAGACAGAACAGAAAGUGAACAAGACUGUUCCCAAGACAAUCCUUUGGUACUUUACUCCAAGAUAUUUACCCACAAACCUGACUGGCCGAGUUCCUCUAACUGCUUGCCCUGAAUCCCAAUGUUUCCAGACUCGGAAUAGAUCAUUUCUGCAAAGCAGUGAUGCAGUGAUAUUUAACUCCCAGUACAUAAAGGGAGCCCUUCCACCUAGAAAACCAGGUCAAGUGUGGAUUUUCCACAACAACGAGGCACCUUAUCUUAAUGCGUAUGACAGAGAUUAUUACAAACAGCCAUGGUCAUCCGCGUUCAACUGGACAAUGAGUUUCCGGCAUGAUACUGACAUAUUCAGGCCAUAUGCAUUGCUGAAGAAGAGAGUCACAGUACCCGUCAAGAACUACACGGCCAUUGUCAAGAAGAAGACGAAAUUGGUAGCAUGGAUGGUCAGUAAUUGCCUUGACUGGAGCAAAAGAUUAGCGUAUGGGAAGGAACUGCAAAAACACAUACCAGUGGAUAUAUAUGGUCUCUGUGGAAAAAUGACAUUUCGCAGAGAAAAAAAUAAUGAUUGGCUAAAAUACCUAAACGAAACCUACAAAUUUUACCUGGGAUUUGAGAACAAUUAUUGUAAGGAUUAUAUAACUGAGAAGUUUUUCAAUAACUUCAACCUUGACCUUGUAACUGUUGUUCGCGGUGGUGGUAACUACAGCCGAGAUGCACCACCUGGAACAUACAUCAACGUCGAUGACUUCAAGUCCCCAAAGCAUCUGGCUGAACAUUUAUGGUUCCUACACAACAAUACUGAUGAGUAUGUCGAAAUCCUUAAACGCAAAGAGGGAUAUUAUUAUCAAGCCGAAGAGUAUCUCUAUAUGGACCCAGGAGGGCACCCAUUCGCUGAACACUACUAUGAACAGGAGGCUUUAUGUGAAAUUUGUAGAAGGCUGAACAACAUUGAAAAUCACUCGAAAACAAUAGCGGACAUUGUACCAUGGUGGAAAAGUGGCCUUUGUAAAAAUCCUACGAAACUCCUUUAAGUCAGUGUUCGACUGGAGUACAUGUGUGACCGUAUACAAUCACAGUGAAAAAAACCAUGUUAAUCCGGACGAGAGCCCAUUAUUAUCAUCGGAUUUACGAAUGUCCGGAUUAAGGAAGUAUUGAGAAGAUAUGCCCUCAGCAUUUUAAGAAGAUAACCUACGAUCUACGAGUACAAAUGCACUAUAACAUAUUUUGUUCCAAAAGUGGAACCGGAUUGGUACACAAGCAGUAUAUUGUUUAUCUAAAUACCACUCCGAAAAACAAUAAUGUGAGUAUAAGGUGUCGAGACAGGGCAUCUACCAACGUGGAGAUUCGCUGGCCGAUUGCAUUUAAUGUUGGCUUCCUGUAUAUGCUGGAUUGUGUUCUCAGUUUUAACCUUCUACAGUUUGUCGGGUGAAGCACUGCGCAAAGUGAGAGACUAGACGGAAUAACCGCCUCAGUUUUAACCUUCUACAGUUUGUCGGGUGAAGCACUGCGCAAAGUGAGAGACUAGACGGAAUAACCGCCUCAGUGUUAACAGUAGCUGUUGGCUGGUGUGGUGGAUAUUUCUCAAAUUGUCCACAAGUCCGUCAAGUUGUAUUGUCAGCUCUUCACUAAGAGCUCAGUGCUCAGCUUUAACUUCCCAGACAAACAGCUACCAGAUGUAAAAUGUGUAAAUGAAAACUCAUUAACUGACAGUAUUUUGACGCGAAAUGAAGUUAAAGAUAUUAUUUUCUCAGUUGACAUAAACAAAGCAAGUGGCCCUGACAAAAUAAGCAAUACGUUUAUCAAGCUAACCGCAGGAUCACUUUCUUUGCCCCUCACCUAUUUAUUCAUGUCACAAUUACAGGCCCGUUGCACUUACGAGCUGUAUUGGAAAGAUAUUUGAAAAAUGCGCAUUCAAAUAUGUUUUUAACUUUUUUGGGAACAAUACUGUCUUAACAAAUUUGCAAUCAGGAUUUAUGCCAGGAGAUUGUACUGCUUAUCAACUCACAUAUCUAUAUGACUUUAUAGCAAAUGCUUUA